GGGCUGAAGCCGCCCCACUCUUCCCUUUCCGCGGCGGGCAAUCCGGCUCGUCAGCGCCGCAUCAUGUGGGCUCGCCCAGCCCCUCGCGCUGAGCCGGGCCGCUGCCACCAAAGCCCAGAGUCUCCCCUUCUCUGGGUUGGUUCCGCCUUGAGGCGCUGAGAGCAGCAGCCGAGGCGGGCAGGCAGGCAGGCAGGAAGAGAGGGAGGGAGAAACAGCCACCGGCCGGCUGAGUGUCGGACAACCUGGAGAACAUCGAGUCGAGCCUCUCCUCACGCUUCCGUCCCGCUCAGGGCGGCCGAGACCAUGUAAAGCGAGAGUGGCCCCAGCCCGAAGACCAGACCCGAAAAGGGGAGGCAGCUGUCGCCGCCUUGAGAAGGCCCCGCCGUGUGCCCGUUUGUGUGUGUUGGGGGGGAACAUGGCGACGUCUAAUCUGUUAAAGAAUAAAGGUUCACUUCAGUUUGAAGACAAAUGGGAUUUUAUGCGUCCUAUUGUUCUGAAGCUGUUACGCCAGGAAUCUGUCACAAAACAGCAGUGGUUUGAUCUGUUUUCGGACGUGCAUGGAGUGUGUUUGUGGGAUGAUAAAGGGCCAGCAAAAAUACACCAGGCUUUGAAAGAAGAUAUCCUUGAUUUUAUUAAACAAGCACAAGCAAGAGUGCUGAGCCACCAAGAUGAUACUGCUUUAUUGAAAGCCUAUAUUGUAGAGUGGCGUAAAUUCUUCACGCAGUGUGACAUCUUACCCAAGCCAUUUUGUCAGUUAGAGAUUACUCUUAUGGGUAAACAAGGCAGCAAUAAGAAAUCCAAUGUAGAAGACAGCAUUGUACGAAAGCUCAUGUUAGAUACUUGGAAUGAGUCUAUAUUUUCCAAUAUAAAGACUCGCCUUCAAGACAGUGCAAUGAAACUGGUCCAUGCUGAAAGGCUAGGGGAAGCAUUUGACUCUCAACUUGUCAUUGGUGUUAGAGAAUCCUAUGUUAAUUUGUGUUCCAAUCCUGAAGACAAACUCCAGAUUUAUCGGGAUAAUUUUGAAAAAGCAUACCUUGAUUCAACAGAGAGGUUUUAUAGAACUCAAGCCCCUUCAUAUUUGCAGCAAAAUGGUGUUCAGAAUUAUAUGAAAUAUGCAGAUGCAAAAUUAAAGGAAGAAGAAAAAAGAGCGCUACGGUAUUUAGAAACCAGACGUGAAUGUAACUCUGUAGAAGCUCUUAUGGAGUGCUGUGUGAAUGCUCUGGUGACAUCUUUUAAGGAGACAAUUUUAGCUGAAUGCCAAGGCAUGAUCAAACGAAAUGAAACAGAAAAGUUGCAUUUAAUGUUUUCAUUGAUGGAUAAAGUUCCUAAUGGAAUAGAGCCUAUGUUAAAAGAUUUGGAAGAACAUAUUGUUAGUGCUGGAUUAGCAGAUAUGGUUGCAGCUGCUGAAACUAUUACUACUGAUUCUGAAAAGUAUGUAGAACAAUUGCUCACAUUAUUUAAUCGAUUUAGCAAGCUGGUUAAAGAAGCUUUUCAAGAUGACCCAAGAUUUCUCACUGCCAGAGAUAAGGCAUAUAAAGCAGUUGUUAAUGAUGCCACAAUAUUUAAACUUGAAUUACCAUUGAAACAGAAGGGCGUUGGACUAAAAACACAGCCGGAGUCCAAGUGCCCGGAGCUGCUUGCAAAUUAUUGUGAUAUGUUGUUAAGAAAAACACCGCUAAGCAAAAAACUCACCUCUGAAGAAAUUGAAGCAAAGCUUAAAGAAGUGCUAUUGGUACUCAAGUAUGUGCAGAACAAAGAUGUUUUCAUGAGAUACCACAAAGCUCAUUUAACAAGACGUCUUAUAUUGGAUAUAUCAGCGGAUAGUGAAAUAGAAGAGAAUAUGGUGGAAUGGCUGAGAGAAGUUGGUAUGCCAGCAGAUUAUGUCAAUAAAUUGGCAAGAAUGUUCCAGGAUAUCAAAGUAUCUGAAGAUUUGAACCAGGCUUUCAAGGAAAUGCACAAAAAUAAUAAGCUGGCACUACCAGCUGAUUCUGUGAAUAUCAAAAUUUUGAAUGCUGGGGCUUGGUCCAGAAGUUCUGAAAAGGUUUUUGUAUCUCUGCCCACGGAAUUAGAAGAUCUCAUCCCUGAGGUAGAAGAGUUCUACAAAAAGAACCACAGCGGCAGGAAGCUUCACUGGCAUCACCUUAUGUCCAAUGGAAUUAUAACUUUUAAGAAUGAAGUUGGCCAGUAUGACUUGGAGGUAACAACAUUUCAGCUGGCUGUGCUUUUUGCAUGGAACCAAAGACCCCGAGAGAAGAUCAGCUUUGAAAAUCUUAAACUGGCAACAGAACUCCCUGAUGCUGAGCUUAGGAGAACUUUGUGGUCUCUUGUAGCAUUUCCAAAGUUGAAACGUCAGGUUUUGUUAUAUGAACCUCAAGUCAAUUCACCCAAAGACUUUACAGAAGGAACCCUCUUCUCAGUGAACCAGGAGUUCAGCUUAAUAAAAAAUGCUAAAGUUCAAAAGAGAGGUAAGAUAAACCUAAUUGGUAGACUGCAACUAACUACAGAGAGAAUGCGAGAAGAAGAAAAUGAAGGGAUAGUCCAGUUAAGAAUAUUACGGACCCAGGAGGCUAUCAUCCAAAUAAUGAAAAUGAGGAAGAAAAUUACUAAUGCUCAGCUUCAAACUGAACUAGUAGAGAUAUUAAAAAACAUGUUCUUGCCGCAAAAAAAAAUGAUAAAAGAGCAGAUUGAAUGGCUUAUAGAACACAAGUAUAUCAGAAGAGAUGAAUCGGAUAUCAACACUUUUAUAUACAUGGCAUAGCUUGAAGACUUUCUUACUGGAAGAUGCCAAGAAAAUGUGCAUUGAAGGUGGUUUGGGCAGACAACUAUAAGAAAAGGAACUGUGCUGAGAAAGGACUUGUUUGACUUGUAUUACGUAUUCAAAUCCCUGCCUUACCUUUCCAGAGGACUUUGUUUUGCCAACCUUUUUUUCAGCUAGCAUGAUGGUGUUCCCUUCAUGUUGCACACAUUUUUAACAGCAUGCUGUUUUUGUGGGGAAACUUUGCAUUCAUGAAAAGCCUGUUGUGAGAUUUUUUUAGAUUUGAGUUGCACCCACCUGGAAAAUAACAGAUUUGGGGUUUCCAGAUGAACAAUACUUUGCACAAGGAAAGUAUCUUCAAUAUCCAUGCACUGAGGAACUGCUGUUAGUUGUCAUAUUUUUUAAGAAAGCAGCUAAUAGGACUAGAUGUAGCACUUCACACUUUGUGCUUUGGAUCAACGGCCUUGUUUUGAUCCCUUUUUAUGUAUAUUAUUUGAGCAAGACACAAAUAACAUCACAGCUGAAGAUAUUUCUCUGUGGGCUCAAGCAAGUGCUUCAGUAUAACAACUGGAUUUGGAUACUGAGACACAAGUGAUGUUAAGCAGGAUAUAUCCAUCACUUUUCUUUGCAGAACUUGGGAAAACAUUUGUUCCUCCUUUAAAAAAAAUAGGUGUUGCUUUCUCUUGAUUAUGGCUUCACCCUUAAGAACUGUAUUUUCAUGGAUGGAUCUGUUUAUGGUGAAAUGAAAUGAAAUAUUAAGUGUAUUUUUUUGUACAUUUAAUAUUUGUAUUCACUGUUCUAGUAUGCUUGCAUAAAUCUGAAUGCAUUAAAAAGAGCCAGUGCACAACUUCUCCAAAAUAGGAAUUAACAUUUCGACAAUCCCUAUAUAUUUCUUCCUUUGAUUAUUUAUUUGAAAAUCUCUGUUACAUUUUUAAAUACAAUUCUUCUCUGGAAAAAACAACAGUUGUGUGGAAGAAGACAAUUCUUUGACCUUGUGUAUAUGUUGAUAAAUUGACACAAAUCUUCUUAGAAGGUUAUCAUGCUAUUCAAACAAACAAAACAUGCUGCCACCACCCUCUGUUUGCUUCAGUGUGUGGGAGGACCCACUGGUGGGAUAUGCCCAUUUCCCCUCCCCUUACCCUUGAUAAAAAGCUGCCUCAGAUUUAAAGAAGCAAAGCAAUGCACAUUGAGUCUUAAGGGUAAAGUCUGCUUUACUGAAGGCAAGGGAACUGCCAUACCACAUCACAGAUUAAGAGAAAUGCUAGUUAGUCUCCUUUACCCUUUACCCUUUCCUGAGUUAACUGCCAACUUUCUACAGUCUCCAGGUGUUCUAAAAUGUCCAUUAUGAACUGGGUUCCUGUUGGUAGCCUCAGCACUACCAGUGUGGAAAAAAUGUUACCUAAUGGAGAUAAAGCAGUUGUCUUUUAUUUGUGCCCCAUUCCUAAAUUUUAUGCCUGAAGAAAGGAAUGUUGCAAAACUGUCUGACAUUUUAGCAGCCUAGAUCAGCUGUCUAGCCCUCCGGGGAUUAAUAAUUAUGCAUAAUAAUCUUAAAAGUUGCUACUUUUAGGUUGGAAAGUAAAAUAACAGAUUGUUGUGUGGGCAGAGUAAAUUUGGAAAGGGCUGCUCUUUUUACAUAAAAUAGGGCUCCAAAGGUUUAUUACCUGUGCACACACAGAGAUGGGUAAUGUGCCCUUAAGUGAACAUAACAUACCAGCAGAGUGAGAAACUAUGUAUGCUUUUACAUGCCGGAAACCAACAAACCUCCGUGGAAAUGCAAAGGUGAGAAAUGAAAAUAGGGCAGUGAUUUAAAAUCUCACUUUCUGUACUUGUGUGUGCAUUUUCUACUGUAGAUCACAGGAUAAUAUUUUUAAAGUGUUCACAUCAAAGUUAACAUAGAAUGGUUGAAUUUCAGUCUCAAAAUUUUGUGGAUAAGAAAAAAAGUUUUACUUAUUUACCAAACACUCAUAGUUUAAAAGGAAAGAGCACUAAAAUUGGUCCCCCAGAUGUCUUUUGUACAUGCUGCAGGGUUUCUAGAACUCUGCAUUUGAUUUAGAAGUUCAUUUAGAAAUGGAUAGAAAAAGGCAGGUAAAGAUUUUUUUAAAUGUAUGUACAUAUAUCUUCGAUAAGAGUGCUUUUGAAUUGUAUGUUUCCCAUUAAUUUGUAUUGGAGGGAGUAGGCAUGACAUACUGAAUACAAAACCAGCUCUAAACCUCAUAUUUAAUUUUUUUGUACUGUUCAAACACUAGCAGCCUGACUGUCAAAAUUACCCCGUUUCCUUUUUCAGUUCCUAGCAGUGCAAAUAAUUUUGAAGGUUGCAAUUUGGGGCUAGAUCUAAAUGACCACCAUGGACUUCAUUUGUGAUUUCAGAACUACCCCCCCCCAUCUGCCCCUUGCUACCCUUGAAGAGUAAGUCAUCCAAUGCAGCGCAAGGGGCUGCACUUCAAAAAGGAAACUGCCAAAAAACAAAACACCCUCAUUCACUUGCUGAAGCACUUUAGGAACACAUGGGGCUUUUUGGAUCUUGCCAAUGAGAGUAUGUCUUGCUCAUUUACAUAGUAGCAAAAACACUAUGUGCUCAUUGUGUCUGCAUCUCUUAUGGUUAUUUCAUACACAAGCUACCUAAAUGAUUUUUAGGGCUACGGGAAUUACAAUGGACAACGUGCCUAUAACAUUCAAUUUUUUUCUUUUUGUGUACAUUGGAUGAGGAUGUCAUGUAAAACACUUGACUCUAAAAAAUCACACCAGCAAUUUCCUUACAACUGCAGAAUCACACUUAGCAUUCUUUGUCAGGGCACUUUCACCAAAAUGCCCUUAAGGCUGAGGUUGUCAGGAACUGAGAAACAAACUGGUUUAAAAAUGUAUGCAGAAAUAGGAAAACAUCCAAAUCUAAAAAUAGUUUGAAUUAUUAGUCAUUGCAAUAUGACAACAUAGCACUUUUAAAGCUGAUUUUUAGCUUUGGAUAUUUUUCUCCAAAGACCUCCUAGCAUAAAGAGGUGCUGCUUCUGAAAAAUGUGUUGUCACAAGCACUGCCAUUGUGGUUUGAUUUAAGUAAUACUCUAGAUGUGAAAAAAAUGUAGGUUGCAUUGAUUUUAAACAUAGUUAUAAAAAUACUUUUUGUCACACCUUAAGAGGGUCACACACUUAAUUUUAAAGUCUUCCAUUUCCCCCCUAUUAUCCCACUGGUAUCCCUUGUUUUCUUCCUAUUUGUUUAAAUCUGUUGUUGGGCAUAGUGUAGUUGAACUUGAGUUUUAGUGGUGGCUUUCCCCUUUUGAAAAAAAAGUAGUAUGGUCUGAUUAGUCAAACACUUUGGAUUUAUUUGCAUUACACUAUCUGUUGUAAAAGGUACACAUUUUAAAAAUACAGCUGAGAGAAAUAUUUGAUAGCUUCAUGAAAAGAUUUGGUAUCUUAAAUGCAAAACUAUUUUCUAUUUUCAUGGAACUGGCUGGGACCCUAUCUUUGUAAAUUCUAGGUCAUAUUUGUGAACAGUACAUGAGAGCUUUCCUGUCAAUAGACGAUAUGUAGCCUGGAGUGCAGUGCAAACUUGAGUUUCCUAGGUUGUAAUAUCUAUCUACAUAUGGUUAUUUACAGUUUUGAAUGUGUGCCACUACAUACUGAGCUGAGAUAAUGCUGUACAAUUUUGACUGGUAGCAGUUUUUUCUUGUAUAGCAGUCCGGCUGAAAUAUUUUGAUGUACUGCUUAAUCUUUGGAUUUUAUUUUUUAAGUUGUAUAAUUUAUUUUCUUGCAAAAUAAAAAUGUAAUAUAAAAUAUUAUAAAAAAUCAAAA